GCCUUCCAAAUUCCAGACAGUCCACAAACUGCAAAUCCCACCCCACGACCAAGACCAACCACCCAAAUCCCUCCCUCCACCUCAACCUCUCCACGCUCUCUCCUCGCCGCCUCCGCCUCCUUCUAUUUCAAUCAAACAAUGCAAUCACGCUUCACAUCCUUAGCAACUCGCACCCUCAAAUCCACAACAACCAAAGCUAAAACUCGAACUUUCUCUUCCUCCACAGUCGAAUCCUCCACGAAACAACCCCCACAAUUCUCCCAAACCCUAGCGGGUCUGCGCGCUCGAUUAGCCGUGGAAUCUCCCACGCUCUCCGACUUCAUCCACCUCCAAUCCAACAACACCUACUCCGUCGAAGUUGGAACCAAAAAGAAACCACUCCCAAAACCUAAAUGGAUGAGAGAAGCCAUUCCAGGUGGCGAAAAGUACGUUCAGAUUAAGAAGAAAUUGAGAGAAUUGAAACUCCAUACUGUUUGCGAAGAAGCUAAAUGCCCUAAUUUGGGGGAGUGCUGGUCCGGUGGCGAAACCGGCACUGCCACUGCUACGAUUAUGAUACUCGGCGAUACAUGUACUCGUGGCUGCCGGUUUUGUAAUGUGAAGACGUCGCGGACGCCUCCUCCGCCUGAUCCAAAUGAGCCAACUAAUGUAGCAGAGGCAAUUGCGUCUUGGGGUUUGGAUUAUGUUGUGAUUACGAGUGUGGAUCGUGAUGAUUUGGCUGAUCAAGGAAGUGGUCAUUUUGCGGAAACUGUACAAAAGUUGAAGACACUCAAGCCAAACAUGUUGAUAGAAGCCUUGGUUCCUGAUUUUCGAGGAGACGGUGGUUGCGUAGAGAAAGUUGCAAAAUCAGGACUAGAUGUUUUCGCUCACAACAUUGAAACAGUUGAAGAGCUUCAGAGUUCUGUACGGGAUCAUCGUGCUAAUUUUAAGCAAUCUUUAGAUGUUUUAAUGAUGGCUAAAGAAUAUGCUCCGCCUGGGACACUUACCAAGACUUCAAUAAUGUUAGGCUGUGGAGAAGCGCCUGAACAAGUCGUGAAAACAAUGGAGAAGGUGAGAGCAGCAGGUGUUGAUGUGAUGACGUUUGGUCAAUAUAUGAGACCAUCCAAGCGUCAUAUGCCAGUAUCUGAAUACAUUACUCCUGACGCUUUUGAGAAGUAUAAAACACUUGGCAUGGAAAUGGGAUUUCGAUAUGUGGCAUCUGGUCCCAUGGUUAGGUCAUCAUACAAGGCAGGUGAAUUCUACAUCAAAUCCAUGAUAGAAUCUGAUCGGUCUGUUUCUUCGCAGCUUCCUAUCUCCUGAUGGAUGCUUUAUUCAUCUUGUCCUAUUAUAUUUCACUUUUAACCUAUUUGCUUGUGAAUUUGAUUAUCAACUACAUGGACCCAAAACAUGAGUUCUGGCAGCAAGUCGAAAGCAAUAAUGUUACAAGUUGUCAGAGGCCAUCCUUGCAAAUUGUUUCAAGGUUACAUCAGGUCGAGGUCUUUCUAAUCUGCUGCUGUUGUAAAUUCAAUCUGCUACAUGUCUUAACCCCGUAUCUUUUGUUUUCAUUAUUUUUCUUAAUAAAAUUUCAUAUUUUUAUCUAAAAGAGAAGAAACCCGGUACGUUGUGAUCAUGAAGUUUCUUUUUAGCUGAUGAUGCCUUUCCACUCA